UUCAUCAUUACACACAUCAACUCCUGAACCAUCUACCACUUUCACAUCAAAUACGACAACUCCCAAGCAAACUACUAGUUUAACAUCAUCUACAACAUUUCUCAAUCAAACUUCCAGUUUCACAUCACAACUGGUAACUCCGGAGCCAAUGUCAAAUUCAUCAUUACACACAUUAACUCCUGAGCCAUCUACCACUUUCACAUCAAAUACGACAACUCCCAAGCAAACUACUAGUUUCACAUCACUAACAACAUUUCUCAAUCAAACAUCCAGUUUUCCAUCACAAUUGGUAACUCCAGAGUCAACAGUAACUUCAACAUCAGACACAUUAACUCCUGAGCAAUCUACCACUUUCACAUCAAAUACGACAACUCCCAAGCAAACUACUAGUUUCAUAUCACCUACAACAUUUCUCAAUCAAACUUCAAGAUUUACAUCACAAUUGGCAACUCCAGAGUCAGCAGCAAAUUUAACAUCAAACACGUCAACUCCUGAAUCAUCUACCACUUUCACAUCAAAUACGGCAACUCCCAAGCAAACUACUAGUUUCACAUCACCUACAACAUUUCUCAAUCAAACUUCCAGUUUCACAUCACAACUGGUAACUCCGGAGCCAAUUUCAAAUUCAUCAUUACACACAUCAACUCCUGAGCCAUCUACCACUUUCACAUCAAAUACGACAACUCCCAAGCAAACUACUAGUUUCACAUCACUAACAACAUUUCUCAAUCAAACUUCAAACUUCAUAUCACAAUUGGUAACUCCAGAGUCAACUACAAAGUCAAUCCCUGAGUUAUCUAACACUUUCAUAACAAAUAAGUCACUUAUCAAUUUCCCAACCCAUACAACAACUCCCAUAUCAACUACAAGUUUCACAUCACAUUUGAUAACAUUCGAGUCAACAACUACAACAUCACAGACAUCAACUACUGAGCCAUCUUAUAUACCACAUACCACAACUCCCGAGGCAACAGUAAAAUUUAUAUCACAAAAGGAAUCUCAUAACCCAACUACAAGUUUGAUGUCAGACAUGACAACAGAUGGAUAUACUGAUCCCUCAAAGGCAUCAAAAGUCUUGGACAAUCUACAAUUGAAGAUGGAAGAGAUGGAAAAAAACAAUAAAAGCAAUGCAGAGAUUGUCAUGGGGGACGUUAUUGGCCUUCUACAUGUACAAGCCAAGAACACAGAAACCAAAGACAUUAAAAUAUGCUACUCUUUAAAUCAUGCUAUGGCUGUUGAGAGUCAAAGUGUCCAAAAUACAAAUUGUUUCUGGUCUGUAAAGAUUUCUAAAGAGGCUUUUGAUAAAUCAUGUCUGGAAAACAAUGGAAGUGCAUUUGUUGGAGUUCUGCGAUUCAGAAACAUAGGAAACAAGAAUGAAACCAAUUUUGGCACUAUUUUGAACAAUGAAGUUUAUGGUGUAACUAUGAGGGCAAAAAUCUCCAACCUUACCAACAACAUUGACAUGUCCUUUACACAAAGUGAUCAGACCGAUAAGGCAUCGUGUGUUUCUUGGGAUGGCAUAGGAGAGCUUAAUUGGACGACGUUCGGCUGUGAGACAGAAAUCAUCAACAACACCAUCAAGUGUUCCUGCUCACAUCUGACGUUCUUUGCAGUGCUGAUGAUCCCUCAGUCUCAGUCAGAUACAAACAUCACAGCACAGGACCUGGAAUCACUGACCAUGAUAUCUUCUAUCGGCUGCGGCAUCUCCAUAUUUUUUAUAUCCAUCGCUUUAUUCAUGCAUUUCCUGCUACGGAAAGCCAAAUCAAACCAGGCCACGAAGAUCUUGAUGAACAUGUUUGGGUCUUUGUUUCUACUGAAUGCCUCGUUUUUGUCAAACGAGAGCGUCGCUAACACACAAGACAACGCUGCGUGCGUCUUCAUAGCGCUGCUCCUGCAUUACUCCAUGCUGGCCUCAUUCACCUGGUUCUUCAUUCAAGCUCUUCAUAUGUACUUAUGGCUCAUCAGACAGAACAUCACCAUCACAAACUACAUGAGGAAGAUCACCGUGUUGGGCUGGGCGUGUCCGGCUCCGAUAGUCGUAGCUAUUGCUUCCGCAGGAGGAUAUGAAAGCUUGACCUAA